GGUCAGGAUCCGCCUGUAGCCCCCGCAUCCUGGGCUGUGCGUGAGAAGUCGGCCCGUGCACGUGGGCGCCCCCAGAGCCGCCCCUGCACAGCGUGCUCUCUUCGCUCCCGUGCUGUUACUGUUGGUACUGAGGAUGUUGGCGCUGGGCGUGAGAGAUGGCUGGGCUCGGAGGCCGGCGGACUGGGAUCCAGGUCGCAGCUCCAGUGUGCGGCGCGGGCCUGUGCCUUCACCCCGCCGAAGCUCAUUGUCUCUACAGCAAGGGCCCCUAGUGCCAGUUUCAUCCGGUCAUGGCGAGGACUCAGGCUCUGCGCGGCCCUGCAGGAGCUCCGCAGAUAGGGACGACGGUGGUGGUGAGGUGCACUCAUUGGUGUAGCUGGAAAUUUCGAGGAAGUGGAGGGAGGAGGCGGCUCAGAGACAGCAGUAGGACACAGUUAGACUUGGAGCCGGGAAAAACGGACAUCCCGUCACUAUUCGGCCCCUGUUGCCAAACCUUGCACUGUUAGAUUUUUUUUUGCUUGCUUUCUCUUGGAAACAACGGUUGCAUUUUCCUCCCUUGAUUUGAGAAGGAAAAGUUGCAUUGCUACCCUAACGGAAAUAUCCCCAUAGCGUGGCUGGCCAUCGGAAGAAGGAACAUUUAAGCUGCAGUACAAUGGAGACCGAACAGUCCGUAAAAUCAUGGACAGAAACUGGAAGAUUACUGAAAAGCGAAUAGCUUGUGCAUAGGAGUUCGUGUGGCAAGAACCCUUGGAUGCAGUCAAGUUGUCUUGUGCUUGGUUGCCAGCUCACGCUACGCAUAUGACUGGCGUUGGGGUGGCUGUGCGGAGUCCCUGCGAUGUGUAUAUUCUCAGUUCCUGGCACGUAGUAGACGCUCAACAGCACCUACCUCACGGCAUCACGAUCAAGGAGAACUUGGUUUCGAAUCCCAUUUAAGGCUCCGGGGAGCAGCACCAGGGCGGGGGACACGAUGGUGUCGGUGACUAUGGCCACUUCCGAGUGGAUCCAGUUCUUCAAGGAAGCCGGCAUUCCUGCAGGACCUGCUGUCAACUACGCCGUGAUGUUUGUGGACAACAGGAUCCAGAAGAGCAUGCUGCUGGACCUCAACAAGGAGAUCAUGAACGAGCUGGGUGUGACCGUGGUGGGCGACAUCAUUGCCAUCCUCAAGCAUGCCAAGGUGGUGCACCGCCAGGACAUGUGCAGAGCUGCCACUGAGUCUGUGCCCUGUAGCCCCAGCCCCCUCCCAGGCGACAUCCGCCGAGGCGCCUCCAGUGCCGCCUCCCGGAUGAUUGCCAACAGCCUGAACCGCGACUCCCCGCCUGGCACGCCCGCCCGGCGGCCGGACACCAGCACCUCCAACAUCUCUGUCACUGUGUCCAACAAGAUGGCAGCGAAGAGCGCCAAGGCCGCUGCAGCCCUGGCCCGCAGGGAGGAGGAGGGCCUGGCGAUCCCCACCAAGCGGCGCCGGGUCACGGCCGAGAUGGAGGGGAAGUACAUCAUCAACAUGCCCAAGGGCACCACGCCACGCACCCGCAAGAUCCUGGAGCAGCAGCAGGCGGCGAAAGGGCUCCACAGGACGUCCGUGUUUGACCGCCUCGGCGCCGAGACCAAGGCAGACACGACAACAGGGAAUAAACCCACGGGAGUCUUCAGCCGCCUGGGGGCCACCUCGGAGCUGGAUGAGGACGUGGCUUGGGACAGUGACAACGACAGCAGCAGCUCUGUCUUACAGUACGCCGGGGUCCUGAAGAAGCUGGGGCGGGGCCCGGCCAAGGCCAGUCCCCAGCCAGCUCUGACUGUCAAAGCCAAGGCCACCAGCUCGGCAGCGAGCACCACCCCAACGCUGCGGCGCCUGUCGCUGUCCGCACGCCCCGGACUCGAGAGGAAGCCGGAGCCCCUGGCCAAAGUCAGCAUCAUCCAGAGACUGGGCAAGACUGCCCUCGCGCCGGAGGCCCAGGACAGCCAGGUCACGAGCACCAAGAGUAAGUCCUCCGCCGAAGUCAAGGUCACCAUUAAGAGGACUCUGGUGGGGCCCCGGAGCAGCGGCUCCAGUGAGGGCCUUGGUGCCCAGAUGGAUCACGCCGGCAGCGUGAGCGUGUUCAAAAGACUGGGCCGCCGGACCUUCUAGCCCAC